AUUCCACACUCGCACACAUUCUUUCUCUCGUUCAAUUUUCUCUCGCAUAUUUUACACAUUACACUCAUUCAAACAUAAAGUAAUUCAUCUUUCAAAAUGCACCGUUCGACACAAUUGCUUUACUUUUUUCUCGGACUACUAGUCAGUUGCUGCUUUGUCGCUGUUGGCGUUCGGGCGAUUGAAACAACCAGUUUACCGGGCACCCCAGUUUCGCCUUCGGGCGUUGUGUGCAUUCAAGUCGUCUGCCCGGAUCCCGGUGUCGAUGGCUCAGCGACGUGUCCUGAACGAUGCAAUGGCAACUGCAAUAUAAUCCAAAACGCUUGCUGUCCCCAAAACUCAGUGGCCGUAUGUGCUGACGAAGCUGGUGCAUCUUCGGGGGCUGGACAACCACAAGCUUCUUCUACUACUUCCGGACCCGUUCCAACAGCAGUUUCAUCGUCAUCGAGUUCACACAUAGUAGCAUCAUCCUCGCCUUCAUCAUCACUACCAGCAAGUUCAGCAUCACCACCACCAGCAGAAACAACAGAUUCAACAUCCUCUACGGAAGAAACCCCAGAGGGCAGUUCGGAUUCUUUAAAGUUACCCUUUUUCGUAUUACCCUUGUUUAUGAUCCUCGUUACCAAGCUUUUGUUGCUAUGAUUCUACUCUUCUUCUUUAUUUAAACACAUCAAUAUCCUGAUGUAUGUGUUUUAACUCGUGUAUAUUACAAAGUAAAACCCAAGUCUCAAAGAAGUGAGAGAAACGGUGGGUGGGGGGUGGAGGCGGGGACAGUGCAUUUAUAUACAACCCUUUCACCCAAUGACGUGGUGGAAGCUGAAAAGA